UUGCUGUAGAACUUCGAGCCAAAGCUUAAAUAAGCAUCAAUAGUUCCUUCAGCGGCAAACCCGCGGGCGAGUCGCCUCCCUCUCCCUUCCUCUUCACGCGUUCUUUUCGCGAGGGCUUCACAUUCUCCAAGCCUCGAUACGUUCUUCAAUCCUCAAGGCUGUGACCGCCAUGGCUAUUGAUUCACUUUCAUCACCCCAUAGGAGGUCUCAGAACCCAACUUCCUUUUCACCAUCGCCUUCCAGAAAGCAUCGCGACGAUCUCGGAAGCUGGUCUACCCUGCUUCACCGCCAUCGUUUCCUCUUGACAAUGCUGGCUUUAUUGGCAUUUCUCUGCACCAUCUAUCUCUAUUUCGCAGUUACGUUAGGAACACCGGAUUCAUGUUCUGGACUGGAAGGCACAGAGAAAGCGCUGUGCCAGAGUAAUUUAAUUUCCCAUAAUGGAAAGUUGAAGCUCUUAUAGUUGUUUUUACUGAGUUUUUUGGGCAAGGAGACUUCGCUAUGUUAUGGUUUUGUCCAAAAGAAUGAAGCCGUGUAUUCAUUGUUUUCUUCUUGAUCAAUACAAAUGGCCUAUCUGAUUGAUUGACUACUGUGGGCAAAGAAUUUUUUGAAGUCUGUUUGGCAUUCACACCAUAAGUAGUUGAAACAUGAAAAUAUCUUUCAGCUUUUA